GCGUUUGUUGGCGGCUGGAGGAAGCGUGUCAGAGCACGGGUUCUGGCAGCCUCGUGGCCUAGGCGCGCUGGGGUCGGCCCGUCGGGGUCCCCAUCCCCAUCCCCCGCUUCCUGACCCCGGCACCUGUGCAAGCCGCCUCGCCUAACUCAGUUUCUAGCGUAAAAUGGGGGAAAUGAUAGUAGUCCAUUUCAUGAAGUGCUCGUGGAGGUUCGGUGGGUUAAUGCCGAUCGAAGUGCUUCCAGCAGCGUGAUGCGAAGCUCAGCGCUGAGCGCUGUUCGUUUCUGAGCCUAGUGUCUACAUGUAUCUCUUUCCUUGCCGCUGAUCCCGGAAAGUGCCCAACAGUAGGCAAUAUUUUUUUUUAAUUAGAUAACAGAUGCGGGUGAAAGAUCCGUCCAAGGUGUUACCUGAGAAAGCCAAAAGAAGUAAAAGGCCCACUGUACCUCGUGAUGAAGACUCUUCAGAUGACAUUGCUGGUUUAACUUGCCAGCAUGUGAGUCAUGCUGUCAAUGUGAAUCAUGUGAAGCGGGCAGUGGCUGAGAAUCUGUGGUCAGUUUGCUCAGAAUGUUUGAAAGAAAGGAGAUUCUUUGACGGACAGCCGGUACUUCCUUCUGAUAUUUGGUUGUGCCUCAAGUGUGGUUUUCAGGGCUGUGGUAAAAACUCGGAAAGCCAGCAUUCACUGAAGCACUUCAAGAGUUCCGGACCAGAGGCUCAUUGCAUUGUCAUUAGUCUGAGCACAUGGAUUGUAUGGUGUUACGAGUGUGAUGAAAAGUUAUCAACACAUUGUAAUAAGAAAGUUUUGGCUCAGAUAGUUGAUUUUCUCCAGAAACAUGUUUCUAAAACACAAACAAGUGCAGUUUCUAGGCUCAUGAAACUUUGUGAAGAAAAAUGUGAAACGAGUGAAAUAAAGAAAGGAAGAAAAGGCAGCAGUGGAUCAUCUGUAAAAGGAAUUACAAAUUUAGGAAAUACUUGCUUUUUUAAUGCAGUCAUUCAGAACUUGUCACAGACUUAUAUCCUAACUGAACUUAUGAAUGAGAUGAAAGAAAACGGUACAAAAUUCAAGAUUUUUCCUUCCUCAGACUCUCAGCUGGACCCAUUGGUGGUGGAACUUCCAAGCCCUGGCCCACUGACUUCAGCCUUGUUCCUGUUUCUGCACAGCAUGAGGGAGACUGAAAAAGGACCACUUUCUCCAAAAGUUCUUUUCACUCAGCUUUGUCAGAAGGCACCUCGAUUUAAAGAUUUCCAACAACAGGACAGUCAGGAGCUUCUCCAUUACCUGCUGGAUGUGGUGAGGACAGAAGAAACGAAGAGAAUACAAGCUAGCAUUCUAAAGGCAUUUAACAACCCAACUACUAAAACUGCUGAUGAUGCAACUAGAAAAAAGGUCAAAGCAUAUGGAAAAGAAGGUGUGAAAAUGAACUUCAUAGAUCGGAUCUUUAUUGGUGAACUAACUAGCACAGUAAUGUGUGAAGAAUGUGCAAAUAUCUCUACCAUGAAAGAUCCUUUCAUUGAUAUUUCCCUUCCUAUAAUAGAAGAAAGGGUUUCAAAGCCUGUGCUUGUGGGAAGAAUGAGUAAAUACAGAAGUUCACAGGAAAGAGAUCAUGAUCAGUACAGUAGCACGGUUACUAUGGAAAAUACUCAGCAACCCAGACCUGCCAAGAAAUAUUCUUCUUCUAAAGAUAAGGUCACAAAGAGUCUUUUCUCUGAAAACACUGUCAACUUACAGAAUCAACAAAUUCAUGACAGAAAACGUCAAAGAAAACUCUUACCCGCAGAAGAAAAAAACAUUUUCACAUACCAGAAAAACGCGGACUUGGACAUGGAUGGCACUCCUUCACUGUCUGCCAGCGCAAUGAGUCCGAACGAAAGCCCCACCGAUGGCAGCGGAAAAGAAGCCAGCUGUUCUGAGAGCAGUGUUGAGGCCGACAGUGAGGCCUCUGAGUCGGAAAGCGCUUCCAAGCAGGCGGGGCGGUGCAGAUCCCGCGGCAGGCCCUGUGCACUCACAGAUGGGUGCCUGCCCGGUCCACCCGCAGGUACACUGCCAUCCACUAAGGAGACCGACAGUGGUGAUGAAGCAGUGGCUAACGCCAUUUCUGAACUUUGUCUGAGCAGCCCUGAAAUUGGAGAUGGAGAUUCAGACAGAGAAAAGCAGCCACUUAGUAUUCCAAAUAAGUUAGGUUUUGCAAGGAAGGAGUACGUGAGACCUCACAGUCCCCAGCAUGCUUUUCAGACCCUCUCUCAGAGCUACAUCACUACUUCCAAAGAAUGUUCAGUUCAGUCCUGUCUCUACCAGUUUACGUCUAUGGAAUUACUUAUGGGGAAUAACAAGCUUCUGUGUGAGAACUGUACUGAAAAGAAGCAGAGGUACCCAAAGGAAAUCAAUUCUGCGGAGAAGAAAGCAGAAGCGGUUUAUACUAAUGCCAGGAAGCAAUUGCUCAUUUCUGCCGUUCCGCCUAUCCUAAUUCUCCAUCUGAAAAGAUUCCACCAGGCUGGCUUGAGUCUUCGUAAAGUCAACAGACAUGUAGAUUUUCCACUUAUGCUUGAUUUAGCACCAUUCUGUUCUGCUACUUGUAAGAAUAUAAGCGUGGGUGAUAAAGUGCUCUAUAGUCUCUAUGGCAUAGUGGAACACAGUGGCUCCAUGAGAGGAGGGCACUACUCGGCUUAUGUGAAAGUGAGAACACCCUCCAGGAAGUUAUCAGAAUAUAUCACUGGAAAGAAGACUGUGCCUGAUGUGAAAGAACCUGACAAUGAAUCGGUGGGCCAGUGGAUCCAUGUUAGUGACACUUAUGUGCAGGUGGUUCCAGAAUCAAGAGCACUUAAUGCACAAGCUUACCUUCUUUUUUAUGAAAGAUUAUUAUGAGUAUUCAUUAAUUGCCAAUGGUAAUAUUUAGAUUACUUUUAUUUGAAUGCUGCAACACCACCAAAAUAUGUAACGUGCCUUUGUAGUCCUCUCUUCUGUAGGAAUGGCAUGUCCCUCAUAUGCUUCUGAACUUCCUCACCAUUUUGGUAAGCCCUUUUAAAGUAAGGUCAAUGUACUCAGUGCUUUCAGAUUUGCAUUCUUAACUAAGUAACUCAGAAUUUACAGAAGAAGAAAACCCUCCUUUACCAUGUGGCUUGUUAUUACAGGCAGUCAGAGUCUAUGUAUAUCCUAUGCCAUUGUUUACUUAUUAUUUUUUAAAUCUUUUUCACCUUUUUUAGCCUUAGCUUUUUUUUGAGCAAUCAUAUUUCACAUUCAAUGUUUAAUUUUCAUACUUAAACAUUAAAACAUGUAACUAUGAAAGAAACAUUGUUCAUCCAGGUCCCACUUCCUAUAAAGUCAUCUCAGGGCUAUCCAGUGGUAUAUGUGUACUGCUGCAUAAGAAACACUGCUGUGAUACAUGAAGUAAUGCCUAAUAGGCAUAGCUAUCUUGUCAUUUUGUAUGAUUCAGCCACAUAAAAAGGCAUCACUGUAAUUUAAGUAGUGUGGAUUUACCAAUAAUAUAUUGAUUGGCCUCUUGCUUUGAGAACUUGAAAACAUUUCAUCAACAUACCAUUUGCAACCUACUCAUGGUGGAGCUAGGAAUAAUUUACAAGUGGUUGUCCAGAGUCAAAAUAUAAUUGUAGAUAACUGUAAAAUGCAGAAUUGGUAAAUAAAAGUAGAUAAUCCAUAUGAGACUGCAGGAUAGUUUGAAAUAUAAACUAGCAAAUUAUAUUUGUAAGUGAUAGAGAAUUAUAUUCUUAGACUUAACAAGGAAACAUAAUAAAUACACUUUCUACCUCUGUAUUUCAGUCUAUGUUAAAAAUAGUUUUUAGAAUUUUGAAGUCACUUUUAUUGUCUUCAGUAAGCAUCGUUAGUAAGUUCAUGUGAGUUUACUUUUAUUUUCAUGGGGCAUAAAGUUGACCUUUCUUGUUUUCUUUUUAAAUAAUAUGAAAAAGAUGAUAGUUUUUUCCCUUUAAAUAACAAAUUAUUAAGCUAUCAGAAUUUAGCAUGAAAAAUACUGUUAAGCCUAAAUUUUCAAAAACAAUGGCUCCUUCACUGUCAUAUUCUUGAAUCAAAACAUUAACUCUAUAAUUCAGUCAUUCAGAUCAUUCUUUCCCAAGAAUGAUACUACAGGCAAACACCAGAUGAGUGCCUGGAUCCAGUAUGCUCUCCUCUGGAGAAGAAGGAUAAGAAUAGUGGGUGUAGAUAAUGUGUAGAAAUAUUUAACCAAGAUUGGCCCUUUUUAAAAUGUAAAUGUAUAUGACAUAAUCAAGGUUACCAGUGCUGCCUUUUGAUAUAUGGAUGGAUGGAAUUGUGAGUAAGGUGGUAAUGGUAUACAAAAUAUAGUGCUUAAAAAUGUCAUUGCAUGAAUUCUCUUUUUAAGAUAUAGUACUUUUCUUGAUUUUUUAAACCAUGAGAUAAUGGAAGAAUAUAUUUUUAUAAGUUAAUCUGGUAAGUCAGGUUGUAUCUUAUAUAAGUACCUUGCAGUAUUUUCUUUUUAAGUAUAACCAAUUAACAUUGAAGGAUCACAGUACCGGAGCAGUGAAAUUUUUUAGAAGUAUUAAUAAAUUUCUUCAUUCAAUUCAGCUAUUUUGGUAAUAGCAACCACAGUCCUCUCCAACAAAUGUAAAUAUUAAAUCACCUCAUUUUUCUCGUUGAAAAGAUACUAAAAAACAUGCACUUUUCAUUGACUAGUCAUCUGUUUCUUGUCAUACCUACUGUGGGCCAGGUACUGUACUGACUUUUACCAUUCUGUAAAAUGGAAUGACCUACCUAGGUUUUAGGCAUUAUUCCAGAAGGUACAUGCAAGUAAGACACAUUUAUUUUCAUUUCCUUAAUAUUAAGUGAACUAAUGCUGAAUUUUUUAUUGCCUAGGACUACAAGUUUUUUUUUUCUUAUCUUCUGAAGAUGGAUAAAUUUGGUUUUGAUACCCAAAAAUUUCCUAAACAUUCUUUUGUAAUAGAGAAAGUAUGCUGAAUUACACAUUGGCCUACAUUAAUUUUUUUUUAAUUUUGAUUAUUUCCAAUGCAUAUUUGUAAGGAUAUUAAAUUGUGAGGCCAUUAGCAUAACAAUAGCUUUUGGGUCACCUCAGGAAAUAGUAUAGAUGAGUGAGAAUGUUUACAGACCAUCAACUCAACUACCAUGAUGCUUGACUGAAGGAAUUUAAGAAGCAUAGCAAAGAUGUUUACUAGCUUUAUUUAGAAACUGGUUUACAGGGUAUAUCGAACCUGAAUUCCCCCUUGUUUUUCCAUAUUUAAAAUGAUAAAAUUUUGCUUAUGUGCCAAUUAUGUGAAUAUUUUGACAUAACCAAAUAUACAUCUAUACUUAAGAUUUUUAUUAUUUAAUGUUUUUAGGAAUUAUGUGAAUACUGCCUUUUCAGGUGGCCAAAGAGAGUGAUAGUUGAUAUCAAUAAAAAAGGUAGUUGACACCUGUUCUUAUUUUAAAUGUACCAACAGAGAUAUUUUACUACAUUUAAUAGCUGUUAGUGUGCAUGUGUGAUUUUAAUCAUGAUUUUUAUACAGUAAGUGAAUAAAAUUUCCUGAACAUUAAACUGUGAACUGUAUCAACUCUCAUAUAAUUUUUGGAAAACAAACAUCUUAGCUACUUUUCUUAAAUUCAUAUUGAUAAUUUAUUUUUCUGCAUGAUACCUGAUCAAAUAAGCCUCAACCAAAAAUGUAAUGUGCAGUAAAAUUGAGCGAUAAUAUCUAGCGCAUUAUUAACAGAGCCUAUUUCUAGGUAUUUAAAAUGAUUUUGUUCACAUAGAAGUCCUCAAUUUAAAUUUGUUUAAAAGAUAGAUGACUGUAUUUUCAAUUUUGAGCAAUAAAUUCAUGUCAUUCCUACUGUUUUAUCUUUACUUUUUUGCAGUGUUUUUAGAAAUCAGCUAUGUAACUUAUUGAGCAUUAUUUUGA